AUGAAGCCCGAGUUCCGAGAAACAUGGACACCAGCUGUCAAUGUUCUGACCUGGUUCAUGCUAGUGACCUCCGCUCUGAGCGUCUUAACGCGACUGGGAACUAAAUAUUGGAUUUUCCGGAAGUUUACGAUUGACGAUUUUCUCAGCAUUGGAGCGAUGUUUACCUGCAUUGGGGAAUCAAUUGCUAUGUCAAUGGCCACUGCAGGUGGAUUCGGACAACAUUUGAACACUCUUUCAGAAGUCAAGAAGAAUUACAUGAUGAAGGCACUCUAUGCCUCGAAUAUCCUCUUUAUCAUCAGCAUGUGCUGCUCCAAGCUCGCCAUCAUGUUUUUCAUUCGGAAUUUGACGCCUGCUGCUUUGGACCGCCGAUUUGCCCUCGGGUUGGGAAUAUUCAUUGUUGUUUGGACAGUUGUAGGAGUGUUCACGGCGGCUUUUCAAUGUCAUGUGCCAAUUCCCUGGGACUACUUACAGAGCCAAUGUUUCAAUCGGGGAGCGUGGUGGAACUUCCUCGGUGUCACAAACAUAUUGUCAGAGGCUGGAAUCAUUGCACAGGCAUUAUUAGUUGUGGUCCGGGUGCAAGCCGACAUCCAUAAAAAGGCGGUUCUAGGAAGUGUCUUCUGCCUUCGAAUAUUUGUGGCUAUAGCAAUUAUUUGCCAGCUUGUCUACGCCAGCCAGACAAAGUCCUCUGCCGAUAGCUCGUGGGAUACUUGGACUGUGGCCGUUUCCACCCAGAUGACUCAGGCCCUCAGUAUUAUUACUGCAUGUUCACCUCAAUUCAAACCUGUACUCGACAGUCUCCAAUCAUCGGGCAUGGGCAUCGGAGGAUCAGGCUACGGGAGCAAAAAUCGGACAUAUGGCUAUGGAACGAGUCACAAGCUAUCUCGUGGUCGAACAGAUAGGAGCGAGACACAUGAGCUAGUCACAAUGUCCGAGGUUGUGAUAACAACAGAUGUCUACGUACAGAGAGAGUCGACUGAGGCAAUAAAUAACUGGGAAACCCGCAGUGACUGA